GGACCAUCAUUCAAGCCCAAAAUCCAUCCAAAUAAUAAGAGCGUUUUAUUGUAUGUAGACACUCAUUUUUCCCCCUUUUUUACAUUGGCUUUAUACAAAAUCUGUCAAUGAUUGGGGUCUUUCGCUUUUUCAAACUUCUUUCUUUUUGAUCAAUUUAUGCUGUGAGUAUGUCUGUGCUUAUAAAGUGAGUCGUAAUUGUUUGUAUAUAUCAUCAGAUUUGGUUUCCCUCCGAUAGAAGCUUCUUUAAAAACUCCCUUUUUUUUUCUCAAAAACGUCUUCUUUCUUCUUCUCUUCUUUAUUUCAAGCCCUUGUUUGACCUAUGCAUAUAACAUCGUGUAACACUAUUUUUAUUGUAAUACUACUAUCAGCAACAUACAGGUCUGAAGCUAUAUCGGGUGGAAUGACAGUAGAAUCGCCUGGUCACUACCCUUUCUCAGUAACGCUAAGAAAACCUAUUCUCUGUGGAGGAGCCAUCAUUUCACUCGAUCCUCCAUGGGUUUUGACAGCAGCUCACUGUAUUGAAAAUGUGGUAAUAAACGAUGACGAGACGCAAUCAGUAGCCUAUGGAGAUGUAAAAUUUGCAGAGCAAACGUAUGCCACGAUGAAACGAGCCGUUAUACACCCAAUGUACAUAUCUUCCCAACAACUCACCAAUGAAGUUUACGAUUAUGAUCGAACCGAGAUUAUACCGUAUGACAUCGGCCUAAUAGAAUUGAAAGAACCCUUGACUGCCAGUCGUCAUGUGAACAGAAUCCCCAUUUAUACAUCAAAAGUAGAAAAAGAAGAGAACAGCCAAAGCAAUGAUACGACUACAACAUGGGAGACGAUUGGCAUGGGCUACCUAGGCUAUGGACAGCCACAUGCUGAAGCAUUACAGAGUACAACAUGCACACUCUCAACGUCCAACUAUUUAAAGGAUAACAAUUACAACAAUAGCGUUAUUUUGGCAACUUCAAAUGCAGGUUUAUGCCACGGCGAUUCAGGCAACCCACUUCUUUACAAAAACGAAAAGUCUGAAUACUAUAUUCAAGGUGUAUUGAACCGUAUUUUCAAUGCUUAUGAUCCUGAUCCUCAAAACUAUUCGUGCCCGCUGCAUGAAACCAACGCGACAUCAUUUGUGAAUUCCUUUGUCAAACCUUCAGCGCAUUUAAAAUGGAUAAUGAAAGUAACUCAGCUUUCCAAAAGUACUUUGACAGAUCCUCCAAGAGCAGCGGACGAGAGAAACAACAACAAUAAUAAUAUGUAUAUGUCGUCUACUUCGAAUGCUGCUGCUGCUGCUAAUGUAUGGUCGUUAUUCAUAAUAUUGCCUUUAUUGUCUAUUAUUUGCAGUAUUUUUGGAUAAUUGCUUAUUCGCAUCUGCAUGUUUAUUUUUGUUUUAAAUUUUUGUUGUACAUCAUUCUUUUGUAUCAUACCUCUCUAUUCUAUUGC